UUUGCCAUACCCGUUGUUAAUUAGAUAUGCUCCCUGCCUCUUGAGUUUCACCUCUUCAGUUUCGCUGCUUGUGUGUAUAAUAUGUACUGAAAUUUUUUCCGCAGCUAAUUAUCAGAGUCUCAAACCCAAUUAGAAAGGAUAGGGGUUGAAUGCUAUACUAUUGAUUGUACUAGAAUGCUGCUGCUUUGUUUGCAUCUGAUAGGUAAAAAGAAUAUAAGUUCAUAGAGGAAAAAAAGGGUGAGGAUAAGAAAAUUGAAUAUGGAGAUGUGGCUUUGGGGUUUGAUUUAAUAGGGGGAAGAGCUAAACUUUGCCUAAAAGAUACAUAGAGCGACAAGAAGUCUUAGUGGUAAGGAGAUGAUGAUCUUCUGCGUAGACAAAGUUGAUCUCAAGGAUUUGGAUGUUCAGUUGGAGAAGCACUUGAACAGGUUCCUUCAAUCAACUUAAAAACCAUAUUUGCCUCUACCCAAAGAAGAUUGGGAGCUUGAUCUAUGUAACCAGGGAAUAAAAUACUAUAAAGCUCUGGUACUGUAUAUAGGGUAACUUGUGAGGAAACAGACGUUGCAGUGAAGCUGCUGGAUUGGGGAGAGGACGGGAAUGCAAAUAGUGCAGAAACUGCAGCUGUGAUGUCAUCAUAUUUAGUGAAGGAUCAAUUACACUUAACAUACGAGAUUGGUGUUGGGUUAGAAUCCAUGACAAUAAACUCCAUGCGUUGGGAUGGAACAGUCAAUCCAAGGGUGGAGCAAAACUGUCUUCUACCAAUGGCUGUUGCAAGUCGUGAUGGAGUUACAAGAUUGGAACAGGAUCAAGCUGCGGUUGAUUUACACAAGAAGGCUUCGGCUGCUGCUGCUGCUGCUGCUUUAGGAAGGUUUAAGGAUGAGAUAGUACAUGUACACACCAAGAUCGUGGACAUAAAAAAUGGGGAUGAAAAACUGUCAGGAUCUGAUGUGGCAGAUCUUGGGAACUAAAGCCCUCAUUUAAGAAAGACGGGACGACGACUGCUGGUAACUAGGGGAGAGCAUUUGGUUUGAUUAACCGAUAACCGAACUGAAUAACCGAAGAAAUGAAACAACUAGAUGAAGCACUAGAGAAAAUGAACAUGGAUGCAAGUUCUGCAGCAGCUUCAGCGACUGGAACAAGUCAUCCACCGAAAUUCUAGCCAGGUAAGUGUGUCACAGAGAAGUACUGCUAUGCAGAAAGAAUUACCGGGUCUUGAGUAUUUAGGUAUGUUUAUUUUUGUUUAGUUCUUGACUAACAAAUUUUACAAGAUCUGUUGGGCUAUAAGUUAUUCAUAUUUACAUGAAAUGUAUCCGCACCAAAAUCUGACUAUAUUUAUGUGUUAUACACAUACCUAAUUUGAUGCUAAAGUAGAGUUGUUUUUUUUGACACUCUUUACAAAUAUCGGCAAUAUGGUGACAUGAACUGAUGAUCCCUCUUUGCAAAUAGUUUCAUACAGGAGAAGGUUGACACAAUACUAAUAUACAAUCGAAAUGAACAAAACUUCUAAUCAGAUAUAUAUUCAGUUAUAUAACAGUGCCCGUGCCUCGCACGGGCUUCUACGCUAGUAUAGUGUUUAUGUUUAGCAUCUGCAGGAAGAAAUAAGCAGAAAUAUCGAGCAGACCUGUUCGGUUUAGUUUUUAGUAAAAUCGAAAUUGUAAUAAAAAAAUUUUGAUUUUAAAAAUUGAAAAUUGUAACCGUAAUUGAUGGUUUCGUUUUUAAAAUCAGUUUGGUUUCAAUUUUAAAAUCUCGAAAAAUAAAAUUAUGAAACAUCUACUAAAUCUAUUAUAUGAGAACAUGCUCUUCUCCUGAGCAAAUUAAUUCAGUGUUAAAAGACAGUUCAGCCCUUCAGAGGAAAGCUAGAUGUAUUACCGAAGCAAUGUUUUUCACAAUCCUACCCUUCCGACCCUGGCUCCAAACUGGCUCCCGGCCUAGCUAUCAUCCUCGGCGGUCAUUUCUGUCGGGCCAUGCUCGGGUCCUUCCAUGUUCUGUCCACAGCGCUGCUUCCGUGGUGAUCAAAAUGAGCGGAGUUAUCUCGUUUCAGAGCUGUUUUGUUGGUUGGGAGGCCUCUCGGUUGUACGCAAGCAUCUAUUCAGAGCUUCUAUCUCUCUAAGCCCUUCAAUCCAUUGCGGCUAAUUCCGGGUCUUAGUUCAUCGGCACAUGCCGGCAAAGGUGAAUUUUGCACUGAUAUUGACUCAGGCAUUCUCGAUUUUCUUGAGGAAUGUCACGAAAAUUUUGGCAUAAGCAAGAACGUGGUUUUCAUCGGAUAAACUUUCCCAAUUCCAACCUUCUUUCCGCUACCUAGAAGGCAUGUCUUAAUCUCUAAGGUCCACAAUUUUGGUACUCAAACUAAAUUAGUGUUAUUAGCCCCUCUUGUAGCUUUGUUAGUAUUAACUCACGUAUUUGUGUUCUUGCUAGAUGUAUCUCUGUUUUUUGGUCUUUAUUUAUUUUUUAUGUUAAAAUUUUUCGCCAUUUCAUAAAUUAGUUAUGUCUGAUUGUUAAAUUUGGUGGUUAUUGGGGCCAAAUUUGAUUGUGGAAUGAAGGAAUAUAUGUGGGGUAGGCGUGUGUUCUGCAGAGGGACAGGAAGAGGGGUGUUUGGCUGGAAAUAUACUUGUUAAGAAUUGCAGGAGAGCGGUCCACCUCGAUCAUGUAUUUAACCAUGUUUCUUCUGCUCAAGGGUCAUCCAGAGCAAAGAGGCAGGAGGCAACUUGUGAGUAAAUAGUUGACAACUUUUUUCCAAGUGAUUUCGAUGUGCGUCUAUCUUGCAAAGCUACAAUUGAGAGCGGUGACUGUGUCCAUAAUCUGAAUUCGACUUUUAGGGAAGAGAUUUCAGAGACAGCGAUCCUGAUUAUUAUUUGCUUUUAUAAAUUUGGUGUCUUCAAUGUUUUGCUUUCUGGAAUUCGUAGAACGAUUGAAGCAUUUUAAUGCACUUUCAAAUUUUACUUUAAGG